CGGACACUCGCCAUACACCCGCAAACAUAUAUAUAGUCGAUGGGCCAAGCUCAGUAAUCAUCAUUCAACCGAGCUCCUUCCAAUCAUCGACAUUCAACACGAUGAAAAUCACAACAGCUGUCGUUGUAUUGGCCAUCGUAGCCCUCGUCAGUGCCGACGCGCUCAAAGGUACUAAGAAGAUCAAAAAGAGAACCUUGUUUGAACUAUCUGGUCUGGGACACAAUUCGGGCCUCAGUUACGGCUCCGGUCUGGGCUACAGCUCAGGACUUAAAUUCGGUUCCGGUCUUGGCUACAGUUCCGGUUUAGGAUACAGCUCCGGUUUGACCUAUGGCUCCGGUUUGGGAUACAGCUCCGGUUUGAAAUACGGUUCCGGUCUCGGAUACAGCUCCGGUUUGGGAUACGGUUCUGGUUUAAGCUAUGGUUCUAGUUCUGGAUUGUCAUCCGGUUUGGGAUACUCCAGCGCCCCAGCACCGACCACUGGUCCACUCAUACCGAUCUCCAAGGAAGUGCACAUCAUCAACCGACAUGCUCAACCAGUAUCCGCCCCAUACCCAGUACCAGUUCAACACGACGUGCCCGUCGCUGUACCACACCCAGUGCCAUACGCAGUUGACAGCCCAUACCCAGUCAAAGUACCUGCCCCAUACCCCGURCCGGUCGAAAGGCCAGUCCCAUACGCAGUCGACAGGCCAGUUCCUCGUCCAGUGGCAUCCCCAUACCCAGUCCCUGUUGUCCACGACGUUCCCGUACCCGUGUCCAAACCAUACGCAGUUCCAGUAGUCAAACAAAUCCCUGUGCCAGUAGCCAGCCCAGUCGUCGUGCACGAAUCAGCCCCUCUGAUCACAUCCAGCUAUAGCUCUGAACAUGCAACGUCUGAUAUCGGUUUGGGUUACGGUUCCAAUUACGGCUCCGGUUAUGGACUAUCGUCAUACGGCUUUGGAGGCCACUUCAGUGGAGAUCUGUCUUCAUACGGUCACGGACACAGCUUCGAUUACAAGAAGUAGAACAUUCAUAGCGAUUACAGCCUAACCAAACAUCAUUGAAUCUUCUAUAAAUUGUAUAGACAAUUUUCCUUAUAUAAUGUUGUUAAUAACUGUUGAUUAUUAACUAAAAUAAAUUUUUGUUUUUUUCUAUAUUAAUUGUUUGUCAUUACAAGUCUAUGCCUUUCCUAAUCUUAUAAUUUCGUAGAAAAAAACUAUUGAAUUAUCAUUUUUAUUUUUAAUAUUUUUUUUUUUUGAUCAAAAUAUGAUAGACCAAUAUUGGCUGUUUCCAAAACAAUGUAAUUUAAUAAAAGUUGAAUAAAUUUCGGUUAUGAAUUUAA